AUGGCUCAAGAUCCGGAAAACCCCGAAGCUGACGCUGUUGUCGCGGCUGUGCAGGCUAAAGAAGACGAUGUUGAAGAAAUUAAUGCUGUUGCUGCAAACGCGGCUCCGCCUGUGGCCCUUAGUUAGCUUUCUACAUUUUGUGUUCGUUAGUUUCCGAGCUCGUUCCCGGCUCACGUUUGUAUUUUAUAUCUCGGCUUCCUCGCCUUACCGUUCGUGUCGUUAUCAUUUAUGUUUUACUCUUACGUGGCACUUAGUUUACUGUUUUUUUUUUGUGCCGUGUGUUCGUACGUUAAUUUGUUCUACGCGUCUGUGUGACAGUUGUCGCAAUCAGGUCUGUGCUUCCUUCAUCUUACGUCUUGCUUGCGUCUGUGUGACUGGCUGUAUAUGUCAUAAUUUUAUAUUAAACGGCGGAUUACGUUUUUCUUCUGUGUGACAUACCAACCUUUUCUCUAGUGUGUUUUUAAACGCUUGUGCCUGUACCACGGGUCUGUGUGACGGAUGUCGUUCGCCUGUGUGCCGAAUUUGUCCUGUCGUGUCUGUGUGACCAAUUUACUUUCUAUUCUUGCGUGUUUAUGACUUGCAUUAGUCUUGGUACGCUGUGUGAAGAUUUGAUUUGCGUCUGUGUGACGAGUCUUUGUACUCUGUGUGGAGAUUUGAUUUGCGUCUGUGUCUUUGCAAACUACUCUUAAUGCAUCAAAGUAGAAAAGGCUUUAGAAUCUGCUCAACAGCUCGUAAGCCGCUUUCCCUUGCUCCUGGAUCCACUCGCGCUUCUCGCGUGCCUGGAACAGUUGGCUAUCACGCUAGGUAGGUCAACUGACGUGGACUCUGUUAAUCAAGUGACUCGUCUCCCUGCAUUCUUACAAAAGCUAUGUGUUAGGGCGACUAUUUGUGUAAGCGUAUUUCUGGUGUCCUACUUGCGAAGUAUCAAGUGUUUCGAAGCUCGCAAUAAAAAGUUGGUCCUUCAUGAACACAGGGCUUGAGCUUUCUUCACCAACCACCCGGACAAAAGACGUAUGUACGCAAUUAACAAACGGUGUCGUCCUCUGGCGAAAUCUACUACGCUUGCCUAGGUGGUUUGCAGCUGCUUGGGGUUAAGGAAGAGAGAGACGUCACAGCACAUAUCAGGAAAAUCUUUAUAGGCGGGCACUCAUCUGGGAGAUCGGCGGCAGAGCCCUUUUCUGAUACCUGGAAAGAGUCGCUCCGUGCUCAUCGCCCGACGCCAUAAUUUACAGGUUCGUUUUGUCAUAAAGUAGUAUUGGCCUAAAAUGAAGUUAAUAAAAAACACAUUGAGGUUAAAAAGAUCCUGAAGCAGUGCGGACAUCAUACUGAUGUAAAAAAAUUAAAUAAUGUGUAAUAAUGAUGCUUAAAUAGUAUCGAUUUCGGUAGCGCGCAGAAUGCAAUUAAUUUCUUCUUUCCCUUUAGAGGGGUCAUAGCACGCGCGAAGGACCGACAUAAAAUUAUCUGGGCGCCGCGAUUUAUUUUGGUCAUUUUUCAUCCAACCCCGUCACUUUUGCGCGACGACAAAAAGAACGAUUGAGGGAGCCACUGCAGAUUAUUUUGCUCGUUACUCAAUAAAAAAAUGAGCUUAACUUCCUAACUUAAUAUAAAAAGGUUAAGGUUAUAGUUCCUUGUCUCGAUACUUAUAGAUGUGUGAUUAAGAACCUGAAGCGAAAGCAAGUCAAGUAAAACACUGCUCUCAGCUCCGCAAUGAAUAAAUUUGCACGAAGUUCAAAUUCUUCCGUCGGUGAAACUUCAUUAUUCACAGUGCACAGUGCAGUGUAGCACUCCCAACCCCCCCCGGUUCGCAAGUUUGUCACGCCAAAGGUUUCCGAUUAUUCAAACAAACUUCGGCUUGGUCUGGGCAGGUGUUACCUGGAACAAAGAGCCUAUUGUUGAACGUUAAUUGGGAAAUUCAGCUCGGUACGAUGGACCAUUUCUUGAUACGGUGGUCUAGGGCCGCGCGCCCGACCUUCUUACAGGUAGAAUGAGGUAACCCCCACACGAUGCUUUCAUUGCAGGCAGGUUGCUUAUCACGUUAGACAGUGCCCUGUGCUAAGUCUAGUUGUAAGCAAUAACUUGUACUUUUUCUCUUUGUCACAUCAACUAGCGUAAAUCUCUUUAAGAAAUUAGAGUGGCUCCCAUUUUAUGACGAAGCCAAAGUUAAUAAGUGUUCGUUUUAACGAUAUGUAUUUUGGGUUCUUGAUUUUUUAAUUUUUGUUGUUAUAGUUUAAAGUUUGAGGGCCACUAGUUAUUCAGUUAAAGUAGUGUCCCGUGUUACCCUCGUUAAAUAAAGUUGAUUAUUAUUAUUAUUAUUGUUAUUAUUAUUAUUAUCAUUGUUGUUAUUUUUAUUAGUAUUAUUAUAACUACAUAGUACAGUUUCCUGUAUCACUAGUUUGUCUGAUUUUCCUUCCCAAAGUCAACCGCUGGUAUGCCUUGGAGUGGGUUGUCUAAUGCCCUUAAUUUCUCUGUCCCUGGACAGGGUAUUUCGACGAUGCUUCGCGGUUGGCUUUUACCCUUUCCUAUCAUUUCGUUAGUUAGUUUUGCACUCGUUUUUAUUUGUAGGCCUCGCCCUGUGACAAGGCUCGUUGCGAUUUCCUCCCGGAUCAGAUAUCACUUUAUAUUAUCCGGUGGUGCAAUCGGGAAGGGGAAAAGUCUCGCGUUGCAGGCCCUCUCACUUCGCCUUCCAUAAGGAUAUCGGUGAACUUUAGAACUUUACACUAGUUUUCCCGUGAGAUUGUUUCACUUUUCUCUCCCUCUUUAGCCAUCGUGCUGGGACUGCCGAGAGUUUUCAAUAAACUUUUUCUUUUGUGUUUUGGGGAGAGUUACGUGUUUUUUGUUUAUUGUGGUAGCACGGUGUCAGUUUGCCCUAAGCUCUAGGGAAGUGGCCACCGUAGGGCUCGCCUCUUCCCAUAACUCAUCCCAACCCGGGGGCGUUUGGGAGUGGGGGCUCCCAGUGAGAAUUUAUUACUAAGUAUACUUGGAACCUACUUUGAGUGUGAAGGGGUAAAAUGUACCAACUUUACUUGGUGACGAUGGAAACCUUCGUAGUUCAAAGAAGCCAAAGUUAGCCCCAAAGUAUGGUCAACACCACACUCUAGAACACACUUGACCAAUAAGAAAUGAAAGCCAUGUGCACGAAGUGCGCUUGCAGUAGUUCCAAGAUUCUAAUAAACUGGAGAGAUUAACAGCUUUUACUUCAAGUAAUAGACUUUGUCAACAAGUGGGAACUGAGCCAUGUUUUCUACCGAGCGACUUAAGCUUCCAAGUGCACUUGAAUCAAGUGCUUACCUGAAACUGACUUCCCUUUAGUAUGAAGCCAACAUUCAUUUCAGCGUUUGUCGAAUUUAUUUAAUUUUUAAGGGCAAGAGGCUGAGAUGACUGUCUAACUGGUAAAUAACGCACGCGCUGGUUGUAGAAUAACUGAACAAGAAAUUCCAAAACUGUACGAUCCAUAGCCUAGUAAAGUAUUAAAGAUUUCUUCUGAAGUAUGUUCCAAAGUCCAUAAAAUGGCCGGGAAAGAACGCACACGCACACCAUCCCUGAUCAAACUGGCUCCUCGCGAACGUUAAAACAUCACUGUGGCCUAAAUAAAGCUAAGAAUCAAGCAGUGGCUUCAGCAUCAGCGAAUUGAUCGAGUUUUCUUUCUCCGAAGUUACUCCAGUUAUUCAAGCUUAGAUUAAAAGUCCCACAAAAUUCUAAGGGAUUCGGUCAGUGAUAAGCUUAAAUGAUCAGUGAAGUCAAAACCCUCUGUUCAUCGGGAUAAAAGGAACAAAAGACGGAAACAAGAUUCCUCAAAAAUUUCUGACGUUACGAUGACUUGCUGAAGCGUUACCAGUCGAUGCAACUGCCCCCCGCUGAAUCAUCCAAAGCAUCCAAAGACAAAUCCAAACCUUUCCUCACACUUUCCACCAUUGUGAUCAUCGUGGAAAAUUCCUUAGUAACCACGUCUUUGUCCUUGUAGAAAAUGUGACGUCAAAGUAGGAAUCUAUAGGAAUUGGUAGUUAUCGACAACCAUACAUGGUGCCAAGGAAAAUUUAAUAAUUCUGUUACGCUUUUCGCGGUACGUCCUAUAAUUAUAAUUAUCAUAAGCAUAAUUAUUCAGAUUUGAAACUCAGCCAAGAAUACCUGAAAUGAAAUCUUAAUUUUGAAAACAGCAAUAUUUUUAUCAAACGAGCUUCACUUCACAGAGGCCUGAAUCUUGAUUUUAGUCCUUGGCCAAUACAGACACUAAAUUUCCUUAUUCCUAUUGACUCGCUCCAGGGACAUUAAGUUAUGAGAAAGAGAGCUAUGAUUGAAAUAGUCGGAGAUGCUGAACAGGAUUAAUCUAGAUACCGAAAAACACUAACGGAAAAACAGUUCAUCAGAGUUUCAGAGGUGCUUUCAUUUUCUACCAGUAUACUAUCAGCUACACAAUCAGUUUACAUAAAUGCAUUUAUUCAAACUUGCAUAUUUAUGAGCGAAUAUUUUAUUCUUUAGCUCGAAACCCAAAACUAAAAGUACAGAAGAUCGAAACACUCUCCUCAGCACGUCAAACGUUUUGAUCUUUACAUUAAAUUGGUGAAGGCAAAACCAUCAAAACACUUUCAAAAACUUUUGGUAGACAGUUUUCAGUACUCGAAGAGGAAAAACCGCAACACCAAGCCAUAAACAGCUUCCUCAAGAUGAAAGGGUUUAUUUUCCUUGCUGUUCUUGCUACGUCAGUCUAUUCGAAAAGGGUCAGCUACAAAAAUUGUUCAUCGCAAAAGCAGCUUGGAGAGACCAUCUAUGUGGAUGUCACCCCUUGUGAUGAAGAUCCCUGUAUACUCAAAGCAGGCGAUAACGCGACGAUUACCGUCAGUUUUAAACCGUACGAAACUGUCACAAGGGCCAAGCUUUUCGCGUACGCAGACGACUAUCCAUUGCCGAUUCCGAAUCCCAAUGCAUGUGAUGGUCAUGGACUUGCCUGUCCGCUGAAGGUUAACACACCCGUGAAGCUUGUGUUCAGCCAGGAAAUUAGGGAGUACUACCCAUCUGGUACAUACACGCUGGAAGCCGGGUUAAAGGAUCAGAAUGGAGUUAUAAUUAUUUGUGUCGUCUUUCACUUGAAAAUUGUAUAA